UUUUAAAACUCAAGUGAUUGAGGCAUUUGUGUCCAUUUUGAGACAUGAAGUAUUCUUGCUGUGUGCUGGUGUUGGCUGUCCUGGGCACAGAAAUGCUGGGGAUCCUGUGUUCGACUGUUCGGUCCCCAAGAUUCAGAGGAAGAAUACAACAGGAGAGAAAAAACAUCAGACCCAACAUUAUUCUUGUGCUCACUGAUGACCAAGACGUGGAGCUGGGGUCCCUGCAAGUCAUGAACAAAACGAGGAAGAUUAUGGAACAUGGGGGCACCACCUUUACCAAUGCCUUUGUGACCACACCCAUGUGCUGCCCGUCCAGGUCAUCCAUGCUCACCGGAAAGUAUGUGCAUAACCACAACGUCUACACCAACAAUGAGAACUGCUCUUCACCCUCAUGGCAGGCAAUACACGAACCUCGGACCUUUGCCGUCUAUCUUAACAACACUGGCUACAGAACAGCCUUUUUUGGAAAAUACCUCAAUGAAUAUAAUGGCAGCUACAUCCCUCCUGGGUGGCGAGAAUGGCUUGGAUUAAUCAAGAAUUCUCGUUUCUAUAAUUACACUGUUUGUCGCAAUGGUAUCAAAGAAAAGCAUGGAUUUGAUUAUGCAAAGGACUACUUCACUGACUUAAUCACUAACGAGAGCAUUAAUUACUUCAAAAUGUCUAAGAGAAUGUAUCCCCAUAGGCCCGUAAUGAUGGUGAUCAGCCACGCUGCGCCCCAUGGCCCCGAGGACUCAGCUCCACAGUUUUCAAAACUGUACCCCAAUGCUUCCCAACACAUAACUCCAAGUUAUAACUAUGCACCCAACAUGGAUAAACACUGGAUUAUGCAGUACACAGGACCAAUGCUGCCCAUCCACAUGGAAUUUACAAAUGUUCUACAGCGUAAAAGGCUCCAGACUCUGAUGUCAGUGGAUGAUUCUGUGGAACGGCUCUAUAACAUGCUGGUGGAGACUGGGGAGCUGGACAACACUUAUAUCAUCUACACCGCCGACCACGGCUACCAUAUUGGGCAGUUUGGACUGGUCAAAGGGAAGUCCAUGCCAUAUGACUUUGAUAUCCGUGUGCCCUUCUUUAUUCGUGGUCCAAGUGUAGAACCAGGAGCCAUCGUCUCACAGAUUGUUCUUAACAUCGACCUGGCCCCUACGAUCCUGGAUAUUGCAGGGCUUGAUACACCUCCCGAUGUGGAUGGCAAGUCUGUCCUCAAACUUCUGGACCUGGAAAAGCCAGGUAACAGGUUUCGAACAAACAAGAAGGCCAAAAUUUGGCGCGAUACAUUCCUAGUGGAAAGAGGCAAAUUUCUACGCAAGAAGGAAGAGUCUAACAAGAAUAUCCAACAAUCAAAUCAUUUGCCCAAAUAUGAGAGGGUCAAGGAACUGUGCCAGCAGGCCAGGUACCAAACAGCCUGCGAGCAGCCCGGACAGAAGUGGCAGUGCAUUGAGGACACAUCUGGCAAGCUUCGGAUCCACAAGUGCAAAGGACCCAGCGACCUGCUCCCCGUCCGCCAGAGCACGCGCACCAUCUACUCCCGAGGCUUCCAGGGCAAAGACAGAGAGGAGUGCAGUUGUCGCGAGAAUGGCUAUCGCGCCAGCCGCAGCCAGAGGAAGAGUCAGAGGCAGUUCCUGAGAAGCCAGGCCUCUCCCAAAUAUAAGCCCAGAUUUGUCCAUACCCGGCAGACUCGUUCCUUGUCUGUGGAAUUUGAAGGCGAAAUCUAUGACAUAAAUCUGGAAGAAGAAGAAUUGCAAGUGCUGCAGCCAAGGAGCCUUGCCAAACGCCAUGAUGAAGGCCAAAGUGGGCUGGGCAGCCGCCAGGCUGCCAGCGGUGGCAAUGAGGGCGAGAUGCUGGCAGACAGCAGCAAUGCAGUGGGCCCACCCACCACUGUCCACGUGACACACAAGUGCUUUAUUCUCCCAAAUGAUACAAUCCAUUGUGAGAGAGAACUGUAUCAAUCAGCCAGAGCCUGGAAAGACCACAAGGCAUACAUUGACAAAGAGAUCGAAGCUCUGCAGGAUAAGAUUAAGAAUCUGAGGGAGGUUAGAGGACACCUGAAGAGAAGAAAGCCCGAGGAAUGCAGCUGUGCCAAGCAGAGCUAUUACAAUAAAGAGAAAGGUGUCAAACGGCAAGAGAAAUUAAAGACCCAUCUUCACCCAUUCAAGGAGGCUGCUCAAGAAGUGGACAGCAAACUGCAACUUUUCAAGGAGACGCGAAGGAGGAAGAAAGAGAGGAAGGAGAAGAGACGCCAGAGGAAAGGGGAAGAAUGCAGCCUGCCGGGCCUCACCUGCUUCACGCAUGACAACAACCACUGGCAGACGGCCCCCUUCUGGAACCUGGGAUCAUUCUGUGCCUGCACAAGUUCUAACAAUAACACUUACUGGUGUUUACGUACAGUAAAUGAGACACAUAAUUUUCUUUUCUGCGAGUUUGCUACUGGCUUUUUGGAAUAUUUUGAUAUGAACACAGAUCCUUACCAGCUCACCAAUACAGUGCACACAGUAGAACGAGGCAUUUUGAAUCAGCUACACAUACAGUUGAUGGAGCUCAGAAGCUGCCAAGGGUAUAAGCAGUGUAACCCACGACCUAAAGGCCUUGAAGUUGGAAAUAAAGAUGGAGGAAGCUAUGACCUACACAGAGGACAGCUCUGGGAUGGAUGGGAAGGUUAGCCUGCCUAACCUCCCUGCAGACACCAACUGGCAAGGCUUGGAGGAGUUAUACAGCGUGAAUGAAAGCAUCUAUGAGGACAGACACAACUAUAGCCUUAGUCUGCUGGACUGGACUAAUUACUUGAAGGAUGUAGAUAGAGUAUUUGCACUGCUGAGCAGUCACUCUGAGCAAAAUGAAACAAGCCAGACUCAACCUGCUCAAAGUGAUGGGUUCUUGAUUGACUCUGCUGAGCUCUCGGUGCCAGGGGAGAUGGCUUCAGCAGAGUCCGAUGAAGACCCAAGUCUUA